AUGAACUUUUAUUUGAGUGUGGUCUGUUUUUUUUUCCUAUGUAUUAUUAUAAAAAUAAAAUAUGCAUCAUCAGGAGAAGGUAUUUUUAAGAAUAGGGUUUUAAACCCAUUUCAAUAUAAAUCUGAAAAAAGAAAAAUAAUGAAACAUGUAAAUUCUCUAUCUUUUAUUUUUAAUGAUUUUAAGAAUAAUUUAGAAGAUUUAGAAAAUACUUAUGAUAGCUUUUUAAGAUCAAUAAGUGUAUCUGAAGACACUCAUAAGCAUUUAAUAAAUAUGAAUGAUGAGAAAACUAUAAAUUUUAUAGAAGAGAUGAAUGAAUUAAAAAAUAAAUAUAAUAAAUUUAAAGAUAAAAUAGAUGAACAUUUAAAUAAUAAGAAAGAAGAAUUUGAUAAAACCUUAAAAAGUACAGUUCAAGAAUUUUUUUAUAAAUCUAUUAAUGAAUUAAAAGGAAUUAGUAAAUUUGUAAAAUAUAUAAAUUUGAAUGCAAGAAAUUUGAAUAAAAUAAUAAAAAAUUUGUUUUCAAAGGCAACACAUUUAAGUGAUAUAUAUGAAGAGAAUGUAAAUAAUAUAAAUGAGAUUGGAAAAGAUUAUUAUAAAAUGAAAUUAAAAACAUUAGGAAAUUUAUUAUUAUCUAAAUAUAAUAGUUAUAAUAAAAAGAUAAAAUUAAUAUCGAAUGAAAAAUAUAUAGAUAAUUGUUCAAAUAUUUUUUAUAUAGAAAUGUUAAAAGAUUAUUUACAAAAUAAUACAAAACAAAAAAUUACUAUGAUAGAUUUUUCUACUUUUUUAGAACAUUUAUCAUUUAUGGAAUUAUCAUAUUUUUUUAAUACUUUUUUAAAAAAUUAUGAAAAAGGUUAUAUAGUAUAUGUUAUUAAUAGAGUAAAAAUGAAUGAUUAUAAUAAUAAAAUGAUAUUUAUUGAAAUAGAUAAAUUAAUUGAAAUUGUAAACUUUAUAAAAAAAACAUAUGAACAAUUCAAAAUAGAUUAUAUUGUUAUACAUAUAUUUAAUAUGUAUAUAUCUGUUUUUAUAAAUGUUAAUAAUAUUUUAUAUCAUGUUAAUUAUGAUGUCUUCUUUAAAGAACAAUCAAUACAAUUAUAUAAUACAUAUAAUUAUGGAUACUUUUUUAUAAAUCAAAAAUUAAAUCAAAACAAAUAUCAUAAAAUUAAAGAACAUAUCUAUAUAUUAUAUUUAGGCCAUCGUACUUUUCAUGAUAAUUAUUUAAUAUAUAAUAGAAAACAAAUGAUACAAUUUAAAAAAAACAAUGCAAAAAAUAUUAUACAACAAAAUAAAACAAAUACAACCAAUUUAUUUCUAAAUAUGUAUCUUCUCAAAUUAGCUUCUGAAUAUAAUUUCUAUACUGAUUUUUUAAAACUCGAUCAUGAAUAUGUUUAUAAAUUCUCUGUAUAUAAUUGUAAUAUGAUAUUAGCAUAUGACUCUUUGAAUAAGUUUAAUAUACCAAACGAAAAAUUUACUCCACACUAUAAAGAUGUUUACAUUUUAGUCAUCAUCUACCCAGGAGAAAGCCUAGGAAUGUUGUGCAACUUCUUCAAUAAUUAUCUUUUUAGAGAAUCCAUUUUUAAUUUAAAAAAUGAAGAAUCCAACGUUCUUGAAAUAUAUUCAGAUGUAAACAGAUUAACAUUAAUUGCAAACAAUAAAACUAGACAUUAUUAUGUGAACACUAAAUAUGAAAUACCUUUAGAGCCUUUAGAAAAAAGUUUACAAAAAAUACAAAAUUGCUUGAAAUACUAUACAAAUAGUAAUUACAAUGAUUAUUUUGAUUAUUUGAAUAUUUUUUAUUUUAUAUCAUCCGAUGAAAUAUAUAUAUAA